CUAUCUCUCGUUCACACGCUCAUGUGCCAUUUACGAGGCAAACCGGUUUAUAUACUUUUUGCGAACUCCGGCUUCGCGAGAAUGUUGAUUUUUGCGACAUAUACCGCUGGGAACCUAACCUACAUCGUUACUCGAGUGAGUUGGAUGUGGUGCUUGGCGUUUCGAUGCCCUGCAGACCUUGAACAUGCUGAAGGCUUCUUAUACGUUUAUCAUGCUCGAGAUCGUCAUCGAUCAAGUGCACUCUCACACAAAAAUAUGUUUUUUAAAGACUUCAUAAUGUCGUACAACAAACUCUCAGAGAUUUGUUUUAUCGACUGUAUAACUGAUUUUACUACACGAGAUGUAAAAGCGAAGGAAGAAAAAUGUGCUCUUAACUGUAUGGAAAAAUAUUUAAAAAUGAAUCAAAGAGUCUCGCAACGAUUCCAAGAGUUUCAAAUGAUUGCCAAUGAAAAUGUAUUAGCAGCUGAAAAAAAAUUGGGAAGAAAUUAAUGUUGGAAAAAAAUACACGCAUUCAUCCUGAUGUUAAAACAAAUCAGUCAUGCUUGAAUUAUUCAAAUAUGAUUUUUAAUGUAAGAUACAUUUUUUAAUUUAAGUUUUAACGUGUGUCAUUGAUUGAGUAUAACAAAUGCUGUAAUAUUCAAAGAAAUCAGUCCAAUGAUUGUUUCCCUAAUUAUUAUAAAAAAAAAGAUGCCUUCAA